GUCAAUAAUUUCCUCAAAACUAUUAUGUUUUAUGAUACGUGUGUUUUCUUUUUACAAGAAAAUUAGUUUUAAAACUCGCAUAUGCAAUUUAAGAAUAUUCGCUGCGGACAGAUCAUGGCGAUUUUAAAACCGUAUAAGUUGUCCUUGCUGAUGAUUCUUGGAUUCUCCAUGACUUCUGUCGCCGAACCUAUUGAUGAAAUGUGUUCACCAUGUGUAUGUGUUUCGAGCGAUGAACGGGCUUUGUACAAUGUAGAUUGUAGAUUCAACAAAAACCUGGAAGGGAGAUUGCCAGAGUUCAAGGACAUAAAUGAAAGUAAGAUUAGAUCCCUGAACAUGUCGGGCACAAGUCUAUACAAUUUAAAAAACCAAACACAAACACCUUUUGAAUUUUACAGCAAUUUACAAGAACUGGAUUUGUUCAACACUUCAAUUAAUUUGUCGAAGAAUAACAGUGCAACAGUAAACAGCGAAACGUUUAAAGGUCUUGAAAAGCUUGCGGUUCUAAAUAUCGCCCAUAACGAACAGUUCCCGGUCACCAGUGAAACCGACAGUAACGUUUUUAAACGUUUAACGUCUCUGAAAAAACUGAUUAUGUAUCAAAUAAAUUUGAUACCAAGCGGUAAUAUGAGUUACCCAAGUCAAAUAUUGAGAUAUUUUUUAACAUUAGAAGAAAUAUGGAUCGAUGGAUUUUCAGUUCUUCCUUUUGGAACGGAGUUUCUGAGUAUGCCAAACUUAACAGUUAUUCGAAUAUCAGGGGACUUAAUUAGGCCAAUAUGGCAGGACCAAGAUUUCUGUUAUAUGCAAAAUAUCAAUGACAACACAUUUGCGAACUUGCUGUUUGUCAGAAAUUUAUCAAUCCUGAACUGUGGUGUAAAGACAAUUUCGAGGUAUGCUUUUAUAAACACGAAGAGCCUUCGUAUGCUUGAUUUAUCUAUGAAUUAUGAGUUGGGCCUUGGGGAACUAGACGGCUUGAGAAGUCUUAAUUCGGGACUCGAAGUUCUUAUUAUGGACAGUCUAACACACCCGAACAAAUUAGAAUGCCCAAACAGAAUUAUGAAAUCGACUGUUGAAUUAAUUAAACAUAUAACAGCUCUCAAAAUGGUUUCAUUAGAUUAUAACAAGAUUUCAGAGAUUGACAAGGACGCUUUUGAAAUAAUUCCAGAAAGCUUAGAACAUCUACGAGUAAGACGAAAUAAAUUUGAGCUAGGAUAUUAUCUGCUUUAUGCAAGUCGGAUGAAGAAUUUAAGAAAGCUUGAGGCAUCAUUCACCCACAUGGAUCUCCAGUUUUCUGUUUUGAAUGACAACUUAGAGUUUAAACAUCCUCAAAUGUAUCAAUAUAAUAAUAUCACAUUGGCCCACAAAAAUGUUAAUUCUUUAUCUCUUUCCAAUGAAAACAAUUCUUACAUCGGACAUCAUAAGGACUUAGAUUGCCCCAAAUCGCUUUUAUAUUUUAUUCCAACUGUUGUCAUUACAGCUUUUAUCCCGCCUAAAUUGGAAUACCUCGAUAUAAGUCACAGUAAGAUUGGAUUUCCAAUAUACGAUUUCUAUAUCGAUUCCAACAACUCACUAAAAACUGUCAUUGCUUCUAAUUCUCUAUUGUACUGCUGGGAUGGGCCGGUGCAUGGUUUGCACAAUAUUGAAAUGAUUGAUCUCAGUAACAACUUUUGUUCAAAUGUAAAUGAAAAUUUCUUUACAAGUAUUCUAAAACUGAAACGUUUACACAUCCAACGAAAUUACCUGCAUUUGGUUGUUGCAUACAAGAAGAUUUUUCAGUCAAACAGCGAACUUGAAUAUAUUGACUUAUCCAUUAACCGAAUCAAUAACAUCCAUCCACAACUAUUUAAACAUCAGAACAAAUUGAAAUGGCUUAAUUUAUCAAUGAAUAAUUUAAUGGUCGUUGAUUAUACUAUAUCUCACAUGCAAUUACUACGCGUGCUAAAUCUAUCAGAUAAUCACAUUACGACACUUAGUAAAGAGUUCCGUUCUGACCUGGAAGGCAUUGUGUCAUCAAGAAACAAAAUAACUUUGACGGUAGAUCUGACUAAUAAUGUCAUAAGCUGUUCAUGUGACAACCUAGAUGUACUCGAGUGGAUCCUUGAACACACGUACCCAACUUCAAGUUUGUUGAUUCUUAAAAUGACGACAUGCUAUUAUACCCAUAAUAUCUCUUCAGGUCUUCCUUUACCUGUACUGAUCAGGAGCAAGGCAGAUAUGUACUUCCAAGUUUCCUUCCUGCAAAAGUUUUGUCUGUCAUACACGCCACUUCUGAUUUCGAUGGUUGUGUUACUCAUCUUUAUCAUGAAUGUCAUUAUUGGUGCUAUCAUACAUAGGUUUAGAUGGAAGAUAAGGUACUGGUAUUAUGUUGGGAACAAUAAAGAGGCUAGUGUUAAUGGCUACACAUCUAUCGAAGCGUCGUUAAGAUUUCAGCGAUUCAAAUACGAUAUAUACCUGGCUUACGAGGAAGAUGCUCAUGAAUUUGUUCUAGAAACACUGAGACCAAAACUCGUAGAACUGGAUUAUGUUGUGUUUGUACAUGACGACAUUCUUGAAGGACUGCCGCUUUGCAACGUUCUGACAAAAUCUAUUCAUGCGAGCCGCGUUGUUGUGUUUGUGCUUUCAAAUGGGUCCAGAGAAAGUUUGGAAUGGAAGAUAGCUGCACAUAUGACGAAUGAAGAAUCAAACCACAGAGGAAAACCGAUCGCCUUGGCGAUGUUCUACGAUUCCAACUCAACCCGAGCGCUCCCGGAGGGUUUACAGGUCCUUCGAAGGGAUGCGUUCAUCGAUUACCCUGCCAACGGCAGUGAAGAUGAAUAUACCGCCUUCUUUGAGGACUUCAAAGCUAAAGUAAAGAUUAUUAUGAAUACGACAUUUUGAAUUCAUAAGUACGUUUUGUACAUAAUGCCACAUUGUUUUGUUUUGUAAUGUAUUGAUCUUGAUAGUUGUUUUGUAAUAUUCACGAUAACACUUUCACAUUGGUAUUUACUACAAUUGUCCACAUGAUGUCACAUGUUUUAUUUGCUUGAAGCAGUAUUAUACAUUAUUGAUUUAUCUGUUAAUUAUUUUAUGUUAAUGCCAUUAUUUAAAAUAAACGGAUUUUGACUUUGUAUUAUAGGCUCAGCUAAACAACUUAAAUUGAUGACGGACCAUUUGUGCGGUGUUUGAAUAUGUUUUCACUGUCGGCUUGGAAAACAAAGGAUACUUGUUGUAAAUUUUACAUAGGCAAAUACUUUAUUUACUGAGAAAUUUCGAUUAGCACAAUUUAAUUAUACUGAAAAUUUUGUUUCUUGGGCGCUGAUUGUGCUAGAAACAUGCAACUGUCACCAGUAAAUGUUUCUUUCAACUGUAAUCUGCAAAAUAACAAGCUAUUAAUAAAUCACGUUAUUUAAAUUUAAAUCAGUAUUGAAUCGCAUUUGCAAUUGAAAGCUCGUGUAACUUGAUACAAACCUUCCGGUUUCAGAAAUGUUACCGCUUGUCUUUAUUUGUUUAAUUUUCUUAAAUGUAUAUAAUCCAGGCGUGUUUCUUUCAUAUUUGUCAUUUUAGCGUCAAUGAAGCUGAAGUGAAUAAACACGGCAAUUAUGUGUAUAUGAGAAAUAACUCAUAGGUUAACAUGUGUAUUAGAUACAUAUUCAGCUUGAUGCGCGAAAUAUCCUCAUAAAUAUGCAUACAUGAAGUCAUUCACCUGGUUCAAAUGAAAUGUGACAAUUUAUUGACGAUACGAUAUUAACUCUGUUUGGAAUUAUUUGUCGAUGAUAUUUUCCAAUGGUUGUCAAUUUGGUGUAACCCUCGUUCAUUGUUCCAUGCGCAAACACUAAGCAUUAUGAUUCGAUGCUGGCAUUGUAGUACCGAAAUUGAACCAUCUGUGUUAGUAUCGAUUUUGCAUUGUGUUAAUUCAUGU